AUCUUCUGCUUCGCAACAGGAAUGAAAGCGAAGGUUCGACCGCGAACAUUGGAGUUGGUUGGACUUGUCCUUCUUCAUGUUCUAUUCACAAUAGUUAGCAAUAGUUUAGUACGGUACCAGCAUCCGUUUAUUACCAACCGGUGUGCUCAGGGCUCAGCUGAAUGAUACCACCAGAAUACUGUGCUCACAAUAACUGAUCGAUAGAAGUUAUUACAACUCAAGUCUGCUACCAAACCACCAGCAAAUACCACCAUGCUUGUCAUUUUGGUGAGGACCAUCCGUCCCUACACCCCUCUUCUCUUUGCCGCAUGGGUGAUCGCUCGGGUCUUGGUCCCGUCAGCUCAAGAUUGGAGCCUCUGGGAAGGACUCUUCCUUAUCCUGGCGUAUCUCAAGCAUUUGUCUUUGGAAGUAGCAUCGCAGUCCCAGUGGGCCUUUGGUUAUGUUCCAUUCGUAAAAUUCACCUGGGUGGCUCUGGAAGACUUUCUCGCACUCUCCGCCGUCUUGUUACUCUGGCGCAAGGUCCACAUAUUGCGGCAGAUUCCUCUGUCGCAAUGGCAGACCGUCAUGACCGACACAAUCUUUCACUGGACUCUCAAUCACGUCCCCUUGGUCGAACCCAAAUUGGAUGCCAUGGCGGCACACAUGAUGAAGGAACAAGACUUUGAAAAAUCACUCAACAAGUCACCGGACCGUAUCCUUCACACGCAAAUACCCAAACAGGGAUGGGGCCCGGAUGCGGCAUUGGCCGCCAUCACACCCUUUUCGAAAGACGAAAAUCAACACUACAAACGCGGCAAAAUAUCGGGAACAGUCUAUCACGGUGAUGCCGCCCAUACCGACUUGAUGAAUCAAACCUUUGCCGCCUACACGUGGGGCAAUCCCUUGCAUUUGGGAAUCUGGCCACGACUCGUGCAAUGCGGAGCCGAAGUGAUUGCCAUGACGGGCAACAUCUUGCACGCUCCACAACCCGUUGCGGGAACCAUGACGUCGGGAGGCACGGAAAGUAUCCUCUGUGCCAUUCGAGCCAGUCUCAAUCAUUACGGCAAACGACGAGGCAUUCAACAUCCCGAACUCAUUUGUGGAACCACCGCUCAUGCGGCCGUCGAUAAGGCGUGUGAACUCAUGGGCAUUCGAAAAAUCUGUAUCGAUUGUACUAAAGAGGAUGGGUACACACUGAAUCCAGCCAAAGUACGAGCUGCCGUGACUUCCAACACUAUUCUAAUCUACGCAUCCGCACCUUGCUAUCCUCAAGGAGUGAUAGAUCCCAUUGAAGCAUUGUCACAGAUUGCUCUGUCAUACGAUAUUGGACUGCAUGUGGAUGCUUGCUUGGGAGGAUUUGUCCUGGCAUUCUGGGAGGAUGCGCCCAAGUUUGAUUUCACCGUGCCCGGUGUCACAUCGAUGAGCAUUGAUACACACAAAUUCGGGUACUGUGCCAAGGGAACCAGUGUCGUCGUCUACCGAAACAAAAAACUCCGCCAUGCUCAGUAUUUCUGCUACGCCAAAUGGACCGGAGGAAUCUACGCGACACCCUCCUUUGCAGGCACUCGACCAGGUGCUUUGGAAGCAUGUGCGUGGACUUCCAUCAUGUCCAUGGGACAAGAUGGAUACAAAGAGCGAGUGCACGAAAUCGUCCAGGCAACACAGGCCAUUGCCACGGCAAUAGACGAGACCGAUGGUGUGGAAUUGCUGACCAAGAACCCUUCCAUGGUGGUCUGCUUUGGUUCGGAUGAAAUGGAUAUCACCAAGAUUGGGAAACGCAUGAAAAAGAGAGGGUGGGAGCUCAACACGCUCCAAAAUCCUUUGUCGAUGCAUAUUUGUGUGACGGCGUUGGUGGCCCCCAAAGCAAACGUCUUUAUCGACGAAUUCAAACAGUCUGUGGACGAAGAACGGUUGGAAUCCAACGGCACAGGGAAGAAAGGAUCUGCAGGUAUCUAUGGAUCGGAUGGAGGCAUCCCGGAGGGGCCAAUCAACCACGUUCUGAAUUUUUGCAUGGAUGCUGUGUUGGCUCCGUGAUGUGGCUAUAGUUUAGUCGGGUAAUUCUUAUAGAGGAAGAAUUACAUUGCUUUG